CAACAUUGUCCGUGUCCCCCCCCCCCCCCCGGGCCGCAGCGCACACACAGCGGGACAACCGGGAUCUGCUGCAGGGACGGGGCAGAGGGAUCGGCUGCGGCGGGAAGAUGGCGGUGUUGGCCGGGCCGGGGAUCGCUGCGCUGCGGCUGGGAGAGUGGGGAGCCCGCUGUGGCCCCAGGGCCUGAUUCCUGCCCCCCAGGCGGUGCGGGAGGAGAGAGAAGAUGUCCGGGGAGGUGCGCCUCAGGCAGCUGGAGCAGCUCGUACUGAACGGGCCGGGCCGGGGGGGGUCCCUGAGCGUCGAGAGCCUCCUGGACUCGCUCCUCUGCCUGUAUGAUGAGUGCUCCGCGUCUCCGCUCCGCAGGGACAAGCACAUCAACGACUACAUCCAAUGGGCCAAACCAUUUGCCCUGAAAGUGAAGCAGAUGCGACUGCACAAAGAAGACUUCGAAAUUUUAAAAGUUAUCGGAAGAGGAGCCUUUGGCGAGGUUGCAGUCGUAAAGUUGAAGAAUGCAGAUAAGGUGUUUGCCAUGAAGAUCCUGAAUAAGUGGGAGAUGCUGAAAAGAGCAGAGACGGCUUGUUUCCGAGAGGAGCGGGACGUCCUGGUGAAUGGAGACAGUCAGUGGAUCACUACCUUGCACUACGCCUUCCAAGAUGACAACAAUCUGUACCUCGUUAUGGAUUACUACGUCGGAGGAGACCUGCUCACGUUGCUCAGCAAGUUUGAGGACCGGUUACCAGAAGACAUGUCCCGUUUCUACUUAGCAGAGAUGGUUCUGGCCAUUGACUCGGUCCACCAACUCCAUUACGUCCACAGGGACAUUAAACCUGAUAAUAUCUUACUGGAUAUGAACGGACACAUCCGAUUGGCUGACUUUGGCUCCUGUUUGAAGCUGAUGGAGGACGGAACGGUCCAGUCUUCCGUAGCUGUCGGGACUCCCGACUACAUCUCUCCUGAGAUCCUUCAAGCCAUGGAAGAUGGGAAGGGAAAGUAUGGGCCGGAGUGCGACUGGUGGUCCCUGGGGGUCUGUAUGUACGAGAUGCUCUACGGCGAGACCCCCUUCUACGCCGAGUCCUUGGUGGAGACUUAUGGGAAGAUCAUGAACCACAAAGAGAGGUUCCAGUUCCCGACUCAGUUGGCCGAUGUGUCGGAGAACGCCAAGGAUCUCAUUCGUCGGCUCAUCUGUAGCCGCGAGCACCGGCUUGGCCAGAAUGGCAUCGAAGACUUCAAGAACCACCCGUUCUUUGUGGGCAUCGACUGGGACAACAUCCGCAACUGUGAGGCGCCCUACAUCCCGGAGGUCAGCAGCCCCACCGACACCUCCAACUUCGAUGUGGACGACGACUGCUUGAAGAACUGUACCGGGGCUUCCGUUCCUUCGCACCCUUACUCCAUAGAUUUAGCGCCUGAUCUCCAAGCAGAAGGUCUGACCGAGCCCAGUCCGAACGGGCAGCACCCCGUAGCCGAGACUAUGCCGCCGCCCACUCACACCGGCUUCUCUGGGCACCACCUACCGUUUGUGGGAUUUACCUACACGAGCAACUGUGUGCUUUCAGAUCGUAGCUCUCUAAGAGAUGCGUCUGGGACACCCAGUACCGAUCUAGACGCCAACGUCCAACGAUCACUAGAAGACAGCUUAGCCACGGAAGCGUAUGAAAGGCGCAUCCGGCGUCUGGAGCAGGAGAAGGUGGAACUGACCAGGAAGCUUCAAGAAUCCACCCAGGCCGUUCAGGCCCUCCAGCACUCUGCAGUUGAUGGCCCGGUCACUGCCAGCAAAGACUUGGAAAUAAAAUCCUUGAAGGAAGAGUUGGACAAGUUGAAAACUCUGGGUACAGGUGCCAACCAACUCACUCAGCAGCUGGACAAGUCGGGUCUGGCGCGGCCGGACUUCGAGGAAUUCUCCCGACAAAUCAGAGUGUUUGAGAAACAAGUGAAAGUUCUGAAGCAGGAGAAGGAGGAUCUGAACAAGGACUUGGUGGAGUCCAAUGAGAAGAUGAAGACCCAAACAAAGGAGCUGAAGGAGGCGCAGAGCCAGAGGAAACAGGCCUUGCAGGAAAUGGCAGAGCUAAAUGAGCGACUGACUGAAUUGCGCUCCCAGAAGCAGAAAUUUGUGAGGCAGCUCCGUGACAAGGAAGAGGAAAUGGAGGCCGUGGCGCAGAAGCUGGAAGGCCUGAGGCAGGAUCUGCGCCGGGUGGAAAGGGCUAAAAAGGAGCUUGAAGCCCAAAUGGAUUCUGCAGCCUCCGAGGCCUCCAAGGACAGGAAAUUGCGGGAGAAGAGUGAGCAAUACACCAAGCAGCUGGAGAGCGAAUUGGAAGGACUGAAACUGAAACAGGUGGGGCGCCCCCUGGGGGUCAGCAACUCCGAGCACCAGCAGGAGAUCGCCAAACUGAAGACGGAUCUGGAAAAGAAGAGCGUCUUCUACGAAGAGGAGUUCGCCAAGAGGGAAGCGCUGCACGCCGGCGAGAUCAAGAACCUGAAGAAGGAGCUUCGGGAUGCGGAGAGCCAGCAGCUGAACCUCAACAAAGAGAUCCUGGUCCUGAAAGACAAACUGGACAAGACUCGCAGGGAAAGCCAAAGUGAAAGGGAGGAGUUUGAAGCGGAAAUGAAGCAGAAGUUUGACCGCGAGCGGCUCCUGUUAAUGGAGGAAAACAAAAAGCUCUCCAGCGAGUUGGAUAAGCUCAGCGCCAUGUUUGAGAAAUUGAGCGUGAAUAAUCGGCAUCUGGAGGAAGAGAUGAGAGACCUGGCUGAUAAGAAGGAGUCGGUGGCGCACUGGGAGGCCCAGAUAACCGAAAUCAUUCAAUGGGUGAGCGAUGAGAAGGAUGCCCGCGGCUACCUGCAAGCUUUGGCUUCCAAAAUGACAGAAGAGUUGGAUACCCUCCGGAAUUCCAGCCUGGGUGCCAAGCCUACGGACAUGCCGUGGAAAAUGCGUCGCUUUGCCAAGCUGGACAUGUCAGCCAGGCUGGAACUGCAGUCGGCGCUGGAUGCAGAGAUCAGAGCCAAGCAGGCCAUACAGGAGGAACUGAACAAAGCCAAGGCUGCUAUUAUUGCCACUGAAUGCAAACUGCAAGAAUCUGACAAGAAGAACCAAGAUCUCACGACAGAAAUUGAGAAACUGAAGUGGGAGACGGACGAGUUGCGAUCAGAAAAAGGUGUGAAACAUCAGGAGUCCCAGAAUUCCUUCCUGGCUUUCCUGAAUGCACCUACCUCUGUGCUCGACCAUUUUGAGCGAUCUCCGUCCAGCAACCCCGCCAGCAAAGGCAGACGUAUGGACUCUGUGGACAACUUCACCCUGUCCAAUACGCCUUCCCGCGACGAGGAUGUCAAAUCCCAAGGCCCUUCCCGCUCCAGAUCCCCCUCUACCAUGAGCGACAUUGAGCCGCCCGAGGUAACAGAUCACCGGUCCAUUCAGACACCAACUAUAAGGGCCUCCUACCAUAACUCUGGAUCCUCUGCCCCUAAGCCCAAAGCCCACCAGUUUGUGGUGAAGACUUUCAACGCGCCUACUAAAUGCAACCAGUGCACGUCGCUGAUGGUCGGGCUGAUACGCCAAGGCUGCACCUGUGAAGUGUGCGGAUUUUCCUGCCAUGUAACCUGUGCGGACAAAGCCCCGGCCGUCUGCCCCAUCCCCACUGACCAGACGAAGGGACCCCUGGGGAUAGAUCCCCAGAAAGGAAUUGGAACGGCGUAUGAAGGUCAUGUAAAAGUGCCCAAGCCGGCCGGUGUCAAGAAGGGUUGGCAGAGAGCGAUGGCAGUUGUAUGUGAUUUCAAGCUUUUCCUGUAUGAGAUAGCAGAGGGCAAAUCCUCCCAAACCAGCUGCGUAGUGAGUCAGGUCAUUGAUAUGAGGGAUGAAGAGUUUGCAGUGAGUUCUGUUCUGGCAUCUGAUGUCAUCCACGCCAAUCGCAAGGACAUCCCAUGCAUUUUUAGGGUCACAGCUUCUCAGCUCUCGGCGUCAAGCAACAAGUGCUCCAUCCUACUCCUGGCCGACAGUGAGAGUGAGAAGGGCAAGUGGGUGGGGGUGCUGAACGAACUCCACCGUAUCCUGAAGAAGAACAAGCUCAAAGACCGAUCCGUCUACGUCCCCAAAGAGGCCUAUGACAGCACUUUGCCACUCAUUAAGAACACUCAGUCGGCGGCCAUAUUGGAUCAUGAACGAAUAGCGCUGGGCAACGAGGAGGGACUGUUUGUUGUACAUGUCACAAAAGAUGAGAUUAUUCGCGUGGGAGACAACAAGAAAGUUCACCAGGUUGAGCUCAUCCCCAGCGAGCAGCUCAUCGCCGUGAUUUCGGGAAGGAACCGCCACGUCCGGCUUUACCCCAUGAUAUCCCUUGACGGGAGAGAGACAGAGUUCUACAAACUGGUAGAAACCAAGGGCUGCCAGGGCAUCGUAUCAGGGCAGGUGCGCCACGGGGCCCUCACGUGUUUAUGCGUGUCCAUGAAAAGACAGGUUCUGUGUUACGAACUCAACCAAAGCAAGACGCGCCACAAAAAGAUCAAGGAGAUCCAGGUUCCGGGGAACGUUCAGUGGAUGGCCAUUUUUAACGAGCGCCUGUGCGUGGGUUACCAGUCGGGGUUUAUGAGGUACCCGCUGCACGCCGACGGGAGCCCCUAUAGCCUUCUGCAUUCAGACGACCACACACUGUCCUUCCUCACGCAGCAAGCCACGGACGCCAUUUGCGCAGUUGAAAUCUCAAAUAAGGAAUACCUGCUGUGUUUUAGCAGCGUCGGGGUUUAUGUCGACUGCCAGGGGCGGAGGUCGCGGCAACAGGAACUCAUGUGGCCCGCCGGUCCCUUGUCUUGCUGCUACAACGCGCCGUACCUCUCCGUGUACAGUGAGAACGCAGUGGAUGUGUUCGAUAUUAACUCCAUGGAGUGGAUUCAGACAAUACCGCUUAAGAAGGUGCGCCCAUUAAAUUCCGAAGGUUCCCUUAAUAUCCUGGGCUUGGAGACCAUCCGGCUCAUAUAUUUUAAAAAUAAAAUGGCAGAGGGGGAUGAGUUGGUGGUCCCUGAGACGUCGGACAACAGUCGGAAGCAGAUGGUUCGGAACAUGAACAACAAGCGGCGCUACUCGUUCCGGGUGCCCGAGGAGGAGAGGAUGCAGCAGAGGAGGGAAAUGUUGCGAGACCCAGAAAUGAGAAACAAAUUGAUUUCCAACCCAACCAAUUUUAACCACAUAGCGCACAUGGGCCCCGGAGACGGUAUCCAAAUCCUGAAAGAUUUGCCAAUGCCUCGAUCCCCCUAUCCAUCCCCCCUCCGCCAGUCCAGCCUGAUCUCCACACCGAGCAACUUUGAGCACGUCUAUCACAUGACUAACCUCCGGCAGCAAGACAGUCGUACGAUGUUCAGUGGCUCGGUCAGUAUUCCGUCAAUCACAAAGUCACGCAUGGAACCCGGCCGCUCAAUGAGUGCCAGCAGUGGCCUGGCUGCCAGGUCGUCACAGAAUGGCAGCGCUUUACGGAGAGAGGUCUCAGGUGGAAGUUACGGGGCAAAACGCCAGCCAAUGGCAUCGCCGUCUGACGGCUCCUUGUCUUCGGGUGGACUUGACCAAGGAAGCGAUGUGCCGGCCAGAGACUUUGAGCGAGAGGACUCGGACUCUCCAAGGCACUCAACAGCUUCCAACAGCUCCAACCUCAGCAGCCCCCCGAGCCCUACGUCCCCCCACAAGACUAAGAGCAGCUCGUUAGAGAGUUCAGAUCACGUGAGUUGGGAAGCAUGAACUCCACCUUCUGCCCCUCGUCUCCUCGCCGCCCCCCCCCGGGCACCAGGACUGCUGUGGAGCACCGGAGAUCAGAUACUUUGCCCUGUACCCCGUGCCCUGCAAUGCCUCGGACUGGCACAAAGUCAAAGUCGUUGGGGGGAACAGGUGGCAGAUGUGGGUGCUUUAUACAUGGUUUACAAGUGGAUUAUUUGCUACGGACACGUGUGGCCACGUAAAGGCCACGCUGAAGCAGGAUGUUACACGUAAGAUGAACAUUGGGUGGGGGCGCGUGUACGGGGUGGGUGCAGGGUAUAUGGGGUGGGGGUGCAGCCUCUGCCCCCUACAAGCACUGUGUCACCUGACCUAGGAGAACCUAUCAGGUGCCUGAGCCUCAUUGGGUCUCAUUGACGCUCACGACCCCCCCCUUACGCCAUCAAUAAGGUAUUUUACUACACAGAGAGUUUAGUCUAAUAGUACAUGUAUAUAUAUAUACAGUAUAUAUAUAUAUAUAUAUAUGAGGAUCAUGUAUUCCCAGCGCAGAUAGAGUCAUAUUUAAAGAAAAAGAGAGAGAUUGUGUAAUUUUAGCAAUGAAUUUAGCUUUCCUAUUGAUCGUGUAUAAAGCAGAUUAUUGGAGCAGAGCCGCCCCUAUAGCAGCUUCUCUUUAUGUACAAUCACUCACACUCACACUCACAUUGCUCCAUUAGUGCAACUGCCCCCGGGGUGUGGGGCAUUCGGGGCGGCAAGUCGGACUCACGUUGGGCACACAGAGCUUUGGCUCCUCCAUGUUUUCCCUGCUCACAACCUUUUGGCUGCACUUUGUGUGCUAAUACCAUGGCCGUUCCCUAUUCUAUAUAUAUAUAUAUAUAUAUAUAUAUAUAUAUAUAUUCCCUAUAUAGGAAUAUGGCAGGGAGGCUAGAGACUAGGAGACUAAAGGAAGGGCCAAGGAAUUUGUGUGGGUCCCUGGCACCCCAGUCGGAGACUCCCUGCCCCCCUCUGUGUGUGCCACAAGCCUUACAUUUCCAUAGGGAAUUGGCCCGGCACCCCGAGACCCAACAGGGGGCCCUAAAUCCCUUGGAAACAAAAAGACAUAGAUGCCAUAACAAAAAAAACAUAUUUUUUUCGGUGCAAAUAGCUGUUUUCCAGUGAAAUUGCUAUUUCUCAGGAUAAAAAGAAGAGACCACUAUUUUUGAAUAUUUGGGAAUGUGUAUUAUUUCCGCACAUAUCUACAGAAACAGGGAUCUGGCACCGGGGGGGGAAAUGAAUGGGGGGGGGGGAGAUAGAGUGGUCUCAUUAAUGUCAUAGUUUUAUAAUGGAUCAGAGUUUCUAUAGCGGGAAGGGCAAGUGAUUGAUAAGGUGGUACCAAAUAGUCCAAAAUAGUCAGAAAAAGAAACCAAGAAUGGAGCAAUUUGGUAUUGGGAACCCCAAGAGGAUUGGCCGACCCACUUUGCCUUCAGUUCUUGUGCCUGCAGCGAACCAAAGCAGAACCGGGCCAGGGAACCGCACGUAUAUACGGCGCCGGAUAGGUUCAUUCCUAACGAGCUGUGACCUCUUUGGCUGCAAGAGGGGCCACUAAGGAAACUCCGCCUUCUUCUGGUGCUACUCCUCCUCCUCCGCUUGUGCCCCGCCCCUGCGCACAACUGUACGGACUCCGCCAAGUGUUGCUACUGGGGAUAUAGGAGAACGCCUACUGUCAGCCCCGCCCCCGCGCAUGUCGGACCCACAACCUCGGCUUUGUUCUUCCUAUUUAUUUAUUUAUUAUAACUAUUUUUUAUUGGUUUUGUGUUUUUAUUUUUUUCACAUCACGGCUCCUGCACCCCAAUAUCCUAUCCCCCCCCCAUCCUGCUGCUGUUCCACAUGUGUGUCACUUAUUGUGCUUUCCGCAGGAUCUGCAAAUGAACUGUUUGUGUUACAA